AUGUCGGCUCCUCUAUUGACCGAUAUAGCUAUUCAAGCACUUGCAGAAUAUGUUUGUAAUGAUGACUAUAAUAAAAUCAAUCAAACUAACAAAAUAAUCCAUCCCGACCUGAGCAAUGAGAUCUUCUCCCGAGCACUACUCUCUCGAAAACAGUCGAUCGAGAUGAUUCUUCGUCGAUUCUCGAAGAAUUUCUUCCUGACAAACGUGGAUUUGUCAGAUUGUCAAUGUGAUGAUUCAGUCGUCUCGAUGCUCCGAAAUUUGAGUUUGGUAUCGUUGACUAUCGGACAAUUGGAAGACUUCAGAAAUCAUUAUCAUUAUGGAAUAUAUAUCGAUAUGGCUAGAAUCUUAAAAAUGGCGUUGAAUCCGAAGUCUUCAUCGAAGUUGAGAUGUUUGGAUAUCAGCGGAGACGAGAAGUUGUACAGAGGAUGGGUUUGGAAGACGUUUCCACUAAUUCCAUCACUCGAGAGUCUCACCAUCGCUGGACGAUCCAUCACUGGAGAGGACUUCAACAAUCUAUGCCGAUUCUUCUCGAAUCUUCGGCUCCUCGACGUCAGCAACACUGCCUUCCCAAGCAUUCGACCCAUAGCUCAACUGAAAAAUCUGAAAAUUCUUAUAUUGAGAGAUAUCGAAUUCAAGUCGCAUCACCAAUGGAAAAGUAUUGCUCAACUAACUAUGUUACAAAUAUUGGAUGUUUCAAAAACUGGAUAUUCUAAGAGAGGAUUGAUGAUGCUGAAAUAUUUGCAUUCUCGAAUCGUGCUUCCCCAACUAGUACACAUGGACUGUACUGGAACGGAUCUCGACUUGGGAACACUUCAACAGAUUAUGAAGACUCACAAGAAUCUGAAGAGUGUUGCAACGGUUGGAACGUUGCUCAGUCGAUCGAUUGUCGACAAUAUCGACCUCCUGAAUGUGGCGACUCCGAAAUCAACGGAAGAAGCGUUGAGACACUACAUCAAGUUAAAACGGAAGGAGUCGAUUCUGAUGAUUCUGGAAGAUGUCAAUGAGAUUUGGGAGUAUGAGAAUGAUGAUAUGAGACGGACGUCUGCAUUCAUUCGUCUCAUUUUGGAUAUCAAGAGGAUGUUCCCGUGGGAUUGUCAGGUUGAUCACGCGACCAACUUCUCGUUGAGUGUUCUUGCCACAGAGGGCCGCCUCGAAAUGCUUCCCCAACAUGAAAUAUUCGAGAUGAUUGAUCAACUUUUGGUAUCCCUUGACUAUCAUUUCAACGAAUCCGCGUGGAUUCUUCUCGAACAACCUCAUAUUCUGGAAAUCUGUCGUGCGCGUGCUGAUGAAGUGUGCACUAUGGCUCUGGACUGUAUCAUGAGCGUUGCGAUUCCUCCCUUUGAGUAUACGCUUCUCCCGACUUUUGUCAUCUUCGGUACGCUUGUUCGUCAAAUGAGUCUAGAGAAACUUGAUAAAAUCGGUCGAAACUGGGAUAUCAUGAACGAGUUGUGGCAACUGUUGCUGUGUUGGAUUGACUUGAGAAGUAACCUCAUGGUCGAGUGGUGUCUUCAGGUUUUGAUUGGUAUCACGGAGAGAAGUGAAUCGGCACGCAAUAUUCUUGUGGAGUUGGGAGCAUUUGAAGAACUUUUCGUAGCUCUCCAACGACAGGACAGAGUUAGCAAAAUGCCGUAUUUGUUGAUUACUCAACUGUUGAGAUAUCUAUCGGUGGCUUCUGAAGUUUGUAUCUUUGUGAGACGUGUUGAACGAUGGGAUCUCACUGAAUUCGCCGCCUUGCUCGUAUGCAACAAUGAAGAAUUUGACGAGGAGACCCAACUAUACUAUAACGCUGAAGUCUCGUAUAACGUGGCAGCCACACUAUCCACUCUUCUUGUCCAAGUGAAAUAUACACAUAAAGUGUUUAGGGAACAUGACAACCCAGCCAAUCGUCUAUGCCGAUACGUCCGUACAAUCCCAAUAAACCGAGUAAACCAGAGUCUGAAUAUCUACUUGUCCAGUAAACAUCUCGAAUUCUUUCUCCGACAUCCAAGAAAUAGUGGACAAGUGAUUUGGUCGUUGAGAACGAUUCGACGGAUGAAGCAACUGGAUAUGGAUGUGUCGAAGUACUUGCAAGAUGACACGGACUCUGGAGAUGAUUGA